CGAAAUAAACAUGCGGCUCAUCGAUACCAGCACUGGCGCUAUGAAAGAGUUCCACGGACGCGAUAUACCACGUUACGCAAUACUCACACACACAUGGGCCGCCGAAGAGGUCACGUACCAAGAGUACAUCAACGGCGGUUUCGAGCUCAAGAAAGGCUACGAGAAGAUCUGGAAGACCUGUGCAAUAGCAAAAGCGGCUGCUAUAGAAUACGCAUGGAUCGAUACAUGUUGUAUCGACAAGAGCAGCAGUGCCGAGUUAAGCGAAGCUAUUAACUCAAUGUAUCGAUGGUAUGAGCGAAGUGCCGUAUGCUACGCGUUUAUUGCAGACUUGUCGCCGGACGCGGAAUUGGAAGAUGCUCUUGGGAAAUGUCGUUGGUUUACCCGAGGCUGGACCUUACAAGAGCUUAUCGCCCCCAAAGAAGUCAUCUUCUUUGAUUCAGAUUGGAAAAUGAGAACUACAAAAAAUUCAUCAUCGGGACAGCUAUCCAAUAUCACCAAUAUCGACAGUCAACUCUUAGUAGGCUGCCGAACCCUUUCAGACUUCAGUGUCGCUCAAAAGAUGUCUUGGGCCGCUCGUCGAAAGACAACCCGAAUCGAGGAUGAAGCAUACUGCUUGCUUGGGAUAUUUGAUCUUCACAUGCCGCUUCUGUACGGGGAAGCAGAUAAAGCGUUCCGUCGACUGCAGGAAGAGAUUAUUCGAUACACAGCUGACCUGAGCAUAUUCGGUUGGACUCUCUUCUCCCCAUAUCAGCUAGUCGUCCCUGAGGAUAGCAGCAGUGGUAUAGUACCUGUAUUACGCCCGGCGCAGCCUGAGGAACGAAUUCUGUGUGGUGUACUCGCUGAGUCCCCCGCAGAGUUUUCCGAUUGCCAUGAUUAUAUUAACCAUGAAGGAGAACUCCGCGAGUUUUCCACCUCCAACGUUGGCAUCAAGACUCGAGUCCCAAUGCUGAUGAGCCAGAUAGGAUCAAAUCUUGGCGUUAGUUAUGUCCUUCCAAUAAACUGCAGCAGGAACGGCAUGGCCCUGGGUAUACGUCUUCGCCACGUUCAGCGGGGACGUUACCUUCGCGAAAACCCAUCCAUACUGUACAGUUAUAAACCUCACAGUAUGCUCAUGGCUCCAGCUGGUGAACGGUAUCUUCUCACACAGAUGCCCAAGGAGUCACAAUAUCGUGACUCCCGCUUUGCAUCUAUGAGUAUAAUGUUGCCGCAGAUGCGCUCCUCGUUACUACAAAUCACGAAAGGCCCCAGCUUGAAUAUCUCGCGCCCAUGGCCAUUGGAUACCUACGAUCACGAAGAUCAAACUUUCUUUCUCACUUACUUUGGUAGAGACUUUGGUACCGUGAAAUUAAAUUUUCGCACUCAUCUUCGCCACCCAGAUGGCGAAGGCGUGACCUGCUCCUACAGAUUCUGCUCGCUUGGCUGGUCAGCCAGAGACCCUUUACGAGCACAGUUUGGUAUCAUGGAAGAAGACGCUCACGGUGGGACAAUGGACCAUAUACAGCAAUUGGCUUCUAACGGGGACUGGCAAAGCGGGAGUGUACUGUUCGAGUUGCGCAACCGAAGGGUCCCCAAGUCAUCCUUCGUGCGCAUUGACCAUACUGGCAAUCAAUCCGUCAUUGUGUCAUUCACAACUCAUGUAACCCAAGAUGCGAGCAUUGCUAGGGCCCACAUUUGGAAGAUCCACUUUUCCCACAAAGUUUGCAGAACCGAAGAUGCGCCGCAAUUCGAUGAUGACCUCUGGACUCCCGAUGCAUAUACUUGACCAACACCAGUAUACAUACCAAGAGAAGAGGAAAAUACAGAAAGAGGCAGUAGUACUGCCAAUAGCACUUUGAUACAGAAAGUUUCUUUUCGAAUAGUCAGAUCGAUAAAGAAUAUGCAGCAUUGGGGCCACCUUUGACUUGAGACUUUGGUCAAUGCGGUCGUUAGAGGGAGACACUACGUCAGUUUCCAACAACUUGGUCGUUCCAUGUGGGAUAAGAAAUUAGGAAAUGGCCAGACUUGCAGCUUCUAUUGAAAUUACUUUUGUUAAAAUACGG